AUGGAUCGUCGGGUGCCAGGCAAUGUGACGCCUCGGCGUGCUUCGCGGUUCUUUUUGCCGCGUGUGUCGCCGCCGUCGCCUACGCGGCAGCAGGAAGCGCGGCGCGCCACGAUACCUCUCGCAUUGCAAAAGCGGCGGAGUAAGUACCGCGCGUCCUCGGCGUAUUUGAGCGCGUUUGCUUCAGGGGAGGAUGCCUACUACGUUCUUGCCUCGGAUCAAACGGCGCAAAGUGUCGCGAACCCCUUGUCGCUUGCCUUUCUGGAGCAGUAUCUUGCCGUAGGCGACGACGAAGGGCGCGUGUCUAUACUGGAUACCCUGGAGCCCCACGCUAGCGCCCUGGCCUACUCGUCCGAACCGCUGGUGCAUGGCUCCGUCUUUGCGCUCGAGUGGCACGAUGACCUGCUCGCGAUAGGAGGCAGCGACUGCACUGUGCGUUUGUGGGACGCGGAAAAACAGGCGGUCACGAUCACCUGGGAAGGGCAUGCAGGCAGCCCACGGGCCCUGGCUUGGAGUCCGGACGGCUACGUGACGAGCGGCGCACGCGAUGGCGACGUGUACGUGUGGGAUGCACGGACACCGGCGGCGGCUGUGCACAUUCCGCGCGCGCAUGCGAAGAAAAAGUCGGUGGCCGCCGUGACGGCGCUGGCGUACCUGCCGGGCGGCCAGACGUUCGCCUCGAGCAGCAGUGCGAAUGCCGUUCUGCACGUGUGGGACUUGCGCAUGACCAAGCGGCCCGUCGCGAAGACGGAUGACGCGUCACGACGUGCGUCGUGGAAUACGCGCUCGCAUGGGAUUUCGUCGCUGGCCGUCGCGGCGUCGCGGCAUGCCAUCUAUGCUGCGUGCACGGACGGCUGUGUGUACGUCUUUGACGCCGGUGAUGUGGCGCGGCCAGCGGUGCCUGGGGAGGCGAGUGCGCUGUACGAGGUGGAACAGUACCAAAACUCGUUGUAUGCGCGUCUUGCGCUGUACGACGACUCGCUGCUAGCGCUAGGCUGCCACUUGGGCCAUGUGGUGCUAUGGGAUGUGUCGACGCGCCUACGGCCGGACGUGGACUGCCACGGCUUUGUGCGUGGCGGAACGGUGCUGACGCGUCUGCACAAUGCCGAGAUCAACGAUGUGAGCUGGACGUGCGGGCCGCAUGGGCCGUACCUGGCGUCGGCCUGUGAUGAUCUUACGACGCGUUUGUGGACGUGA